AUGAGGUGCAUAUGUGAAUCUGGAGUUCGCAAUGCCAAGAAUCAACACGAAGUGACGCGUUCAAUUCGUUUUCUCACAGGCUUGAAUGAGCAAUUAGAUCAUGUGAGCGCUCAAAUAUUGCUUAUGAAUCCUUUACCAACUAUUAACAAGAUUUUUUCAUUGGUUAUUCAAUAUGAAAGACAGAAUAAUUCGACUCAUUUGGAUGAAUCCAAAGUGCAUGUUAAUUCUAGUGACUCACGCAGAGGCCAAGGGCGUGGACGUGGUUCAAGUCACUCUUCCUUUGCUCAAGGAGGCAAUAGGUCGAACAGUUUCAGUGCAAAGAACAAAGAAUGUUCUUAUUGUGGUAAAACUAAUCAUGUAGUUGAAAAUUGUUAUAAGAAACAUGGUUUUCCUCCUCACUAUGGACGUUCUACUACUGCAAACAAUGCAUCACUUGAAUCUUUCGAAGAGAGGGAAGAUCUUGAUGAUACAAAGAGUGUUAAAGGCAAUAAUAGCCAUGAUGCUUUUGGCUUCACUAAGGACCAGUAUAACCAGUUACUCAAUCUCGUGCAAGCUUCAAAUGCAAGUACUUCUAACAAUGCUAUUACUUCUAGCAAAGUUAACAUAGUGAGUGGUCAUGUUGCUUCAGGUACAACUAACUCUUUUAACAGUUCAGCUUUUGGUUCAUGGAUAGUUGACUCAGGUGUCAGUGAUCAUAUAUGCUCCUCUUUGAAUUGUUUUAGCUCCUACAAUUCCAUUACACCUAUACACGUUAAGCUCCCUAAUGGCAAUGCUUUUAUAGCAAAAUAUGCAGGCACUAUGCAGUUUUCUCCUGGGUUCCUUGUGUCACAAGUUUUAUGUGUGCCAGACUUCCAUUUGAACUUACUUUCUGUACCUAAGCUUUGUAUUGAUAAUAAAUAUGUUGUUAGCUUCAAUAAUGAUAAGUGUUUGAUACAGGCCACUUAUAUAAUCAAUAGAAUUCCUACACCUUUGCUUCACAAUCUAUCACCCUAUUUCCUUCAUUUUCAACAACAGCCUGACCUUCAUGAACUCAAAGUUUUUGGGUCAUUAUGCUAUGCUUCAACCAUUCAGAACCAUAGAACCAAACUUGACACAAGAGCUAGAAAAGUUGUUUACUUGGGCCUUAAGCCAUGUGUCAAAGGUUCAAAUUUACUUAAUCUUAACACCAAAAAUAUUUUUGUUUCCAUAAAUGUGACCUUCCAUGAACACAUUCUACCAUAUAAAGGUACAAAUUCGUCUUUUACUUGGGAAUAUCAUUCCCCUCAUGAUAGUAUUCACAGUUAUAGCAUACCGUGUAGAGUUCAUAGUGACUCUAUUGCUGUCAUUGAUGACUUUCCACCCAUUCCUGCUAACCAUUCUCCACCACUUUCUUUUGAUUCACCUCCUUCCCAUACUAUCCCUGUUGUUUCUUCUGAACCUACUUCACAGUCACCUUCUAUUCCUCCAAAUUCAGUUGAUCAAAACCUCAAUCUUAGGAGAUCAACUAAAACUAUCAAUAAACCCUUUCAUCUUUCUGAUUAUGUAUGCAAUCUCUCAGUGGACUCAGUGCAACCUUCAUCAACAGGUACUCCUUAUCCAAUUUCACAUUAUCAUUCAUGUGCUAACUUGUCUGUUGAUCAUAGCAAAUUUACUCUGUCUCUCACUGCUGAUGAAGAACCAGCCAGUUAUAAUCAAGCUAGUAAACAUGAUUGUUGGGUACAAGCUAUGGAUGCUUAA